UGCAAUGUUUUCUCUUUGUGCAAAAAGCAAAAUGUUAAAAUAAAGAACGCAGGAGUCAAAACAGCUUCCUUCAUUCUGAGUUUAUUUGACACGUACACAUUUUAAAUAAUUUAAGCAGACUCUGACAAAUGCACUUGCACCAGUCUAACCAAAACAUUUAUUUUAUUUUACAGAUUUUGGCCAUUGUGUCCAUUCUGUUCAUCGUACUGUCCACUAUUGCUUUGUCUCUUAACACGUUGCCAGAGCUUCAAGAAAUAGAUGAAUUUGGGCAGCCAAAUGACAACCCUCAGCUAGCGCAUGUUGAAGCUGUGUGUAUUGCUUGGUUUACCAUGGAGUACCUUUUGCGCUUUCUGUCCUCACCAAACAAGUGGAAGUUCUUCAAGGGGCCGUUAAAUGUCAUUGACUUACUGGCUAUCUUGCCAUACUAUGUCACCAUUUUCCUCACGGAGUCCAAUAAGAGUGUACUGCAGUUCCAAAAUGUCCGACGCGUGGUUCAGAUAUUUCGUAUAAUGAGGAUCCUAAGGAUUCUUAAACUUGCCAGACAUUCAACAGGCCUUCAGUCUUUGGGUUUUACUCUCAGACGGAGUUACAAUGAAUUAGGCUUGUUGAUACUAUUUUUAGCCAUGGGGAUAAUGAUAUUUUCAAGUCUUGUAUUCUUUGCUGAAAAAGAUGAAGACGCCACCAAAUUUACCAGUAUCCCUGCAUCAUUCUGGUGGGCAACGAUCACUAUGACUACUGUAGGAUAUGGUGACAUUUAUCCUAAGACUCUGUUAGGUAAAAUUGUAGGAGGACUUUGCUGUAUUGCUGGAGUACUGGUUAUAGCCCUGCCUAUUCCAAUUAUUGUGAACAAUUUCUCAGAGUUUUACAAGGAGCAGAAAAGACAGGAGAAGGCAAUUAAGAGGAGAGAAGCACUUGAGCGAGCUAAAAGAAAUGGCAGCAUUGUUUCCAUGAACCUGAAAGAUGCCUUUGCUCGCAGCAUGGAAAUGAUAGAUGUAGCAGUAGAUUCAGGUAAGCCUGGUGAAGCAGCCAACCCAAAGGAGACACCCGAUGACAACCAUCUGUCACCAAGCCGGUGGAAAUGGGCCAGAAGGACAAUGUCUGAAACAAGUUCAAACAAAUCUUAUGAAAACAAAUACCAAGAAGUUAGCCAACAAGACUCCCAUGAGCAAUUAAACAAUGCCGCAGCAUCCUCCAGCCCACAGCACCUCAGUGCUCAAAAGCUGGAGAUGCUAUAUAAUGAAAUUACUAAAACUCAAUCUCAGCCUAAUCUUAACGCUGGUUACCAAGACCAGUCCGCAAAGCCACCUACAUAUGAAGAAGAAAUAGAAAUGGAAGAAGUUACAGGGCAGAGAGACCAGUUGCCAGCUGGACCAACAGACGUCAUCAUGGACAUAAGAAGCACAUCUAGUAUCGACAGCUUUGCCAGCUGUGCCACUGACUUCACAGAAACAGAGAGGUCUCCACUUUCUCUCUUUCCUGGCUCUCACUUGCAGAUGAGGCUCCCAAGUGAUUCUGCCAACCCAGAAGACAACCAAAGAGUAAGGAGUUCUCAGUUUAUGUCAUUCACAAAAGACAGAAUGUUUUCUCCAACUGAUAUCACCUUUGACUAUACUCCAAUCGAGAGAGCUAUUACCAGUGAUGGCAGUGGGACCCAGACUGUUUUGCACGGUCAUUUACAUUUCGACACUGCCAUGGAAAGCCCCAAAAGUUCUCUGAAAGGUAGCAAUCCAUUAAAAUCCAGAUCCCUUAAAGUUAAUUUUAAAGACAAUAGAGGUGGUGCUCCUCAAACUCCACCCAGCACUGCAAGGCCAUUGCCUGUGAUGGCAGGAGCAGACUUUCCCCAGGCCACCCCUCAGCACAUCAGCACCAUUCUCUUGGAGGAAAAUUCACCCCAAGGUGAACGACCUUUACUUGGUGCUGAUGCAGCAGGACUUUGUCAGGGACCUUCAAAAAAAUCAUCCCCUCUGUUUCCCAAACAAAAGAUUUUCACUUUCCCUUCAAAAGAGAGGAGAAGCUUCACUGAGAUAGACACUGGAGAAGAAGAAGAGUUUAUGGAGUUACAUGGUGUAAAACAUGAGAAACAACAAGAUAUUAAGACAAAUUGCUGUGGGGACAAACACAGGGAUGGCAACCAUUUAACAGAGGAGCCACAGGUCAGCUCUUCACCCAAAAGCAUGAGUCACAACUGUACUCAAGACAUUUACCAUGCUGUGGGUGAGGGGAAGAAAGACAGUAACCAAGAAGGCCACAAAAUGGAAAACCAUUUAUUUGCCCCAGAAAUUCAUACGAGUCCAGGAGAAACUGGUUACUGUCCCACACGUGAAACUAGCAUGUGACUAGUUACAGAAGCAAUAAAAAUACUUUUUCUUAAACCACAGUUAGUAAUGCCUAUGAACUAAAACAUGGAAAGCCUCAAAAAAAAGUGCAUAAAAUGUUAUUUUUGCAUGGCAUGAAGAGUUCUUUAGUUUAAAUACUGUUUAAUUAAAAAAAAAAAAAAAAAAAA